UUCGUCUUACGGUUGAAACCGGAAGUUGUUCUCCGCUCGUACGUGUGCUCUGACAACAACAGACAGGUGAUGGAGAGAGAAAGAGAGAAAUGCAUCUACAGGCUUAUUUAACUAGUUAAGUAAGGGCUAAACAUUACAAAGCAACAACAGCCUGUCAUGUGAGUGUCGUUCAGCUUUAAUAUAACAACGCUGUUUUGUUUUUGUGCAGCUUUAUGAGUCAGCGUUGCUCUUUUUCUAGGAGCUAGCCUGCCGAGCUAACAAACUCAGAGACAUCACUAUAAGUUUAUUGACUCGGUUUGUUAUCCAGCUGUGUGUGUAGACUGUCCACGGGUUAGCCACGACAUGGGUAGGUUGUCAAGCUGUUAAGACGUCGCCAAUGUUUGCUGGUUUGAUCGGUGGUGUGUCCGGCAUGAGCGCCUCGGCUGGGGACAGAGAGCCUGGGUUCCCCCUGGAUACUGCAAAGGAGGACAUAAGCUGCACGGGAGACAGCAGCAAACAUGACUCUGCAGUAUGCAGCGCGGGCACCAGUGAAAUAAAGAGCCGCGCUGUGGUCAAGUACUCCGCCGCUCCACCUCCUACCAGCUAUGCCCUGCUGCAGGAGAAGACAGACCUGAAGUUGCCUCCUGCCAACUGGCUGAGAGAAAACCCCCAACUGGGCUCCGCCGGCACCACGAUAUUAGGGUCCAGCAGCAAGGGCAAACCUUUUUCCAGUUUUGGGAUGGCGUAUGACUUCAUUGAUUGCAUCGGGGAUGAUGUUGACGUGGUAUCGGACUCAGAGAACAUCAAGAAGCUUUUAAAAAUUCCCUACAGCAAGUCUCACGUCAGUAUGGCUGUUCACCGCGUGGGGAGGACGUUGCUUUUGGAUGAGCUGGAUAUUCAAGAGCUCUUCAUGAGAUCCUCUCAGACUGGAGAUUGGACAUGGCUAAAAGAAUUUUACCAACGGUUAAUAGAUCAGAAGUGGCAGAGGAAAAAGAAGAGUAAGGAGCACUGGUAUCAGAAAGCAAUCCUAUCAAAGUUCCUCUACUACAGUAUAAACGGUGACGGUGCUGCAGAGCCUGUACCAGACAACCUGGAUGAAGGGGAGGAGGAGAGCAGGGCAGAAGAGUUCUGCUCUUCAUGGCCCACCACCUUCACCAGCACAUCGUCUGAUGCAGAAGAAUCAGAUGCUCCCAAGGAGGAAAGUGUCUCUGUGGACAGCACGUUUGCUUUGGGCCAGGUGACGUCUGUACCCAAAGAACAAAACCUCCCUAUGCUCUUCAACGAAGGGGAGGACAGUCAGGGUUUAAGAAACGACUUUGUACGAAACAUCAUGUGGACGUUUGAGGAUAUUCACAUGUUGGUUGGGUCCAACAUGCCUAUUUUUGGAGGUGGCCGUUAUCCUGCCGUCAGUCUGAGACUCAGGGACAACAACAAACCAAUCAACAUUCUGACGGGUAUCGACUACUGGCUCGACAAUCUGAUGUGUAAUGUCCCCGAGCUCGUCAUGUGCUUUCACGUCAAUGGCAUUGUUCAGAAAUACGAGAUGAUAAAAACGGAGGACAUCCCUCAUCUAGAGAACUCGACUUUCUCCACGAGGGUGGUGAAAGACAUCGCCCAAAACAUCCUCUCCUUCCUCAAGUCCAACUGCACCAAAGAGGGUCACACCUACUGGCUUUUCAAAGCUAGUGGGAGUGACAUUGUGAAGCUUUAUGAUCUUACCACUCUGUGUGAGGAGGCUGAAGAGGAGAAGUGCCAGAAUCCCUUCACUCUUCCCGUGGCUGUGUUACUAUACAGAGUUGCCAGCAACUUAAUGCUGAAGGCGAGAAACAGAAAGCAGUAUGGCACGAUCCGAACUCUGCUUUUAAACUGUGUCAAACUUCUGGAUCAGGAGAGGCAUCCCCAGAUCAUCGCCUCAGCCCACUACAUGCUGUCAGAGCUCUUCCAGCUCGAUGAGCCUCCCCAAGAAGAUGUAGGGGAGUCGCUCCGGGCCGGAGGCUCAGAGGACAGCUACAGUGACGAAGAUCGAGAGGAAGAAGAGGAGGAGGAGGAAGAGCUGACGGAGGACAGUGAUGACAACGGCUCCUACAGCUCACAGGAUGAUAGUAAAGCUGUAGCUGUGAUCCGCUCUGUAGGGGAACUUUCGGUGCCGGAGAAAUACAAAUCCACUCACCAGAUCAGACCGAGUUGUGCUUUCCCUGUUUCUCAAGACAAGGAGGAGAAAUGCAGACAUGUCCUGAGCUGCGUACUAAAGGGGCUGAAGGCAGUGGACGGCACCAUCAAGAAGGAGAGUGAUCUCCCAGCUGCAGACCCUAACACACCCAUUCCUCUCAAAUACGAGGACAGAAGUGCGAUCGGAGCCUGCGCUGCUGAGACGGGCAUCUCUCUUCUUCUUGAAAGAGUGGGGCCGUUGCAGGGGGACCAGAAGCAUCCAACACGCUCAGGGAUGAUCCCCGGCUCAUGGCAGCACCGUAUGAAGCUGCAGCUCUUCCUCAAAGCCUCCAAGGCCUACUACGUCCUAUCCGACGCAGCCACCAACUUGCUGAAGUACGGGCGAGCUUUGCGUUACAUCAAGCUAUCUCUGCAGUGUUAUGAUGCUUAUUGUUCAGUGAGCGGUACACUGCACCCGCAGGUGCUGCAGUUUCACAGCCAGUGCCUGUCUCUGUGUGGGGACAUCCAGUUGAUGUUGGCCCAGAAUGCCAACAACAGAGCAGCUUACCUGGAGGAAUACAGCUACCAGACCAAAGAGGACCAGGAGAUCCUGCACAGCCUGCACAGAGAGAGCAGCUGCCAGGCCUUCAACAUGGCAACGGACCUGGCCACGGACCCAGAGUACCAGCUGUUUGUUAGCAGUAAGUGCUACGAGGCGGCGUAUGAACUGCUCGUCUCUGAGGCAUUGAAAGAUCAUGCCUCGGAUCAGCUGGCUCAGGUGCUGAAAAGGCUGGGAAACAUCCGCAACGAAAUGGGAGUCUACUACAUGAACCAGGCCGCCGCCAUGCAGACUGAGAAAGAAGCGAAGAAAUCCGUGUCCGUGGCAGAGCAGGAGAUGUGGAAAAAGAGUUUUGCCUUCUUCGAGAAAGGCAUGACGGACUUCGAAGCCAUCGGAGACAGUACCAACACAUCCUUGCUGCUGUGUAAUACCGGCAGGCUAAUGAGAAUCUGUGCUCAGGCCCACUGUGCCAUGUCUGCCGACCAGAGCAGAGGGGAGUUCUCACCUGAAGAGGCCCUCUACUACAACAAGGCCAUAGAUUACUACUUGCGGGCUAUGAAGUCGCUGGCAUGCCGAGAGAGCCACCCAGCGGUUUGGGACAGUGUGAAUUGGGAGCUGUCUACUACCUAUUUCACACUGGCCACACUUCUGCAGGACUACGCCCCGCUGUCCAGAAAGGCCCAAGAGCAGAUCGAGCGGGAGGUUACUGAGGCGAUGAUGAAGUCCCUGAAGUACUGUGACCUGCAGACUGAGUCGGCUCGUCAGCCACUCUACCAGUACAGAGCUGCCACCAUCCACCACCGCCUGGCCUCUAUGUACCACAGCUGCUUCCGUAACCAGGUGGGGGAUGAACACUUGAGGAAGCAGCAUCGGAGCCUGGCAGAGCUGCACUACAGCAAGGCUGUCUGUUUGUUCCUCAGCCUCAAAGAUGCACCCUGUGAGCUGCUCCGCACACUUCUGGAGAGGGUGGCCUUUGCUGAGUUUACUAUGGCAGGUCAGAGCAGCAGCGCGGCUAAGCUGAAGAGCCUGACUGGAGCUAUAGAGAUCAUGACAGAAACUCGCCAUGCUUUCCAGCUGAUUCAUCACGAGCUGCUGGAGGAGCAGAUAGAGAUGACUGAACCGGGCCCUGCUGAAUCAGCCGAGUCUCCGGAUGUAGCCUGCGGCCCCACCUCAGGACUGAACCUCCAGGAAGUGAUGAAGUUAAUUGGCGUGUUUGAGCCAAGUUUCUCCUUUCUGCUGCUGCAGCUGAUCAAACUGAUGACGACAAUGAAACGGAAACCGAGCAAUAAGGACGAGGAGGUGUUGAAAACCUAUAAGAAUGUGUACUCCAAGCUGCUGCGAGCUGAGAAGAACGCACCUCUCCUCGGCCGCGUCGAGCUCCACAUAGAGCUCCUGCAGCAACUGACUCCGCAAACAGGAAGCGACAACGCCGGUGCGCAUUCGUGAUAAUGACAUAAACCAUCGUAAGGAACACACCGAGACAUUUUUUUAACUCUGCUUUCUGCACCUUGCAGACCCGUCUUUUCAAAAAUACUGUGACAUGACACAAUGAUUUAUAGAUCGCAUUAUUAACAGGCACAUGCUCAGGCAACAGUCCUAUCCUGAAUUACAGUAUUGAAGCUAAUUUCACCUCCUGCGCCUUUUAAAGUAAAUUCAUCUUUUUCUAACAUUUGCAUCACAGGUUUGAAACUGUACAUUUUUGUGUAAAUUCAGAAGAUAUUAUUUAAUUUUUUUUUAAUUGCUUAGGCAGUUAUGGCUCAUAUGUAAAGCUCCUAUGUGUAGGAUUUAUUGUUGACUUAACCAAACAUCACCCGGAUUGCCUUUUCUACAAACAAACGCAUACAGCAUAAGAAACAAGAUGGUGUAAUCACAUAUAACUUCUAUGCAUAGGAGCUUAGAUAAGUUAUUCAGUACAUGGAAUGAAACUAUUCUGAUUUAUUUCAAUAUAUAAUUGGUGUUUUUGAUAUUCAAUAACACCAAUAAUACUGUGAAUAAAAUAGAAUGAAGCGUAAGUGAUGGCUUGAGAUGUUGAAAUCAGCUUUAACGCGUUAUUUGCUUUUCAGAAAAAAACAGUGUGCAAUAGUUUGGCAACAUUCAAUGCAAACUCAGAGGCUAGUUUGUCCACAUUGCUGUAUGUGUACAUGUGGGUUUAUAUCAGCAUGGUUUGCUGUGACAUGAAAAUAAAAGGUUUUUAAAUUUUA